AUGAAUUCUCCCGAGAAUCCACCAACUGGGACCAAAGCAGAUAUCGCAUCAAUUUCUGUAGAUAUCUACGCAUUGCUUAGCAUAUUACUCGUUGCCUUUAUGUGGGGAUCGACCAAUCCUUUCAUCAAACGCGGUAGUAUCGGAUAUAACGAACUGAAGGCAAACAGUAAAUUAGGUCAGCUAUGGCUGGAAAUUCGAUUUCUUAUCUCUCGUUGGCAGUAUUUGCUCCCAUUGCUUGUCAAUCAACUGGGCAGCAUUGUGUAUGUUUUCACUCUUCAAAGGACCGCACUUUCGCUCACCGUUCCGAUGGCAAACUCGUUAACAUUCGUCUUUACGGCAAUUACCGCGAGGCUGCUGGGUGAACGACAAUCAGGCUGGAAAAUUUAUUGUGGAAUGGCUCUAGUCAUACUGGGAACUGUUAUCUGUGGAAUUGAUAAAGUAUUGUGA